UUAGGCAACUAAUAAUAUUCGCCCAGAAAUCAAAAUUGAUCCGAACAACAAUGGUGAAAGCUGUAGUCGGAGAAGAAACCCGCCUUCAGUUAGCCGAAGAUCGUCUUGCUCAAUCUGCAAUUCCUGCUCAGGUAGGGUUAGUAAUUGGCAAGCUUAAUUCAAAAUUAGAUCGAGGUUUCAUCUUUGAUUUAGUACCAACACCCCCAAAUGAUGCGGGAGAUCCUCCAUGUUCAAUCAUUGAUCCUCUCAAAGGGGCUGCCGACAAGAAGAAAGUUUCCAAGCCCAAAUCUUCUGUUGAUUCUUCGUCACUUUCGAUCGAUAAGGAAUGGGUCGCCGAGCACGCUCGUCAGGUUUCUCGGUUGCUGGUAGGUGGUGUUAAGGUUGUUGGUAUAUAUGUCUGGGUCGGUGAAACUUCCUUCAAGAAUUCAACUUUAGUACUUUGCCAGACUGUUACAGGAGUAGCAGAUGCAGCUCCUUUAUUGGAAAAUGGUUCUGAUGAAAUGUUGCUUCUUCACAUAUCUUAUAGCCCUAGGAGCAGGUGGACGUGUCGAAAUUGCUCAGUGUCCUCAAAUAUAACAUCAAGUAGCCUUCGACCUUGUGAUUUUAAAUUGGGAAAAGUUCUAAAUUCCCUCCAAACUUUUCGGUGCAUCUACAGUUUUUGUAUGAGAUUGCCAUUUACUCAUGAAAAUAUGUCAAAAGCCAAAUUGAUGAAUGAUGUCUUACUUGAUGGGAUUUCAAAUCAUGUCAAGGAGUUAAAAGGAGCAAAAGCAAUCGUUGAUGGUGAUUUGGUUGAUGUAAUCACGGAUGGGUCAUGUGCAUCUGGUGGUGUGCAUGAAGUUGAAAUUCUUUUUCCUUUUAUGAAAGACACAUCAUCAGAAGCCAGCAGCCAAAAUAAUGUUGUUGGUAUCCUUGUUUUUUCGGGAACAGUGUGCUCAUAUUCAUAUCUGAACUCAAAAGAACCUAUUUCACAAGCAGUGGCUGAUAUUAAGGAAGAUAUCAUCAUGAGCUUGAGAACCAGAUUGGAUAUGAUUACUGACGAGGCUGAUAGGGAAACUGCUACUGCUUCUGAAAAUGGUUCUGAAACAUAUAUAAAGACAUCCAAAAUGGACUCUAUCAACCAGAUCAUCCAGCAGCCCUUGAGAAAGCAAUGCAUGCUGACAUUUCCGCGGAGAGUAUUCAUACCUUGGCUGGCAGGCACUUUCGUUUGUGAUUAUCUUUUGCCAGCUGAAAGCUUUGAGGCCCUUAGUGAUCACUUGUUUGAGUUGUUGUCGAUGGAAGCUCCUGAAGGCGCCUCAACAUUCUUACAACCAGAGAAUGAACUGCCAAAUUUGACUGCCAAACCAUUCUGGAAUGUAGUGGCCCCCUCUUAUCAAAUAUCAGGUACUGCUCAUAUUGUAAGCCAAAGCAAGAAAUCGCAAAGUGAUCCCAAAAAAUCAAUCGCCAAAAAUGUUAAUGCCUUGGUUGCUGGUUUCAUUCUGCUCAUUGCAAUUAUGCUGGGUUCAGUAUUCUAUGCAAGGAGUUUUAAUUGAAGAUAUGUGUUUACCAGUAGUGAUAAGUUGUUUUGUAGAAGACCAUUAGUUGGUUUCAUUGUAGUUUUCUUUUUAUUUCACAUCGUCCAAUAUAGUGACCCUGCAAAUUUAAUUAACUUACAGCAAAUAGAGAAAAACAACUUAGUUAUGUAUAUUGGUUUAUGAUAGGAUUUGUUUGAAGAUUUCUACAAUAAUUGUUCUAGUUCACUGUGGCGAAUCACCCUUUUUUGGAUAUCAGGUCAUGACUGACUACCUGCA